GGUAACCCGGCACAGCUGCCCAGGCUGCACGGAGGUGGCUCUGCCUCCCCGCCUUCGUACCUAACAGCUACGGAGAACGCUCCCCAGGGAGAGUGCCCCGGCCCGGCGGGGGCCUCUCGGGCGGCCUGUGGUGGGAGGGGAGACGGUUUCCAGCGCGAGCCGGCCCCGGGAGAAAAUGCUGAGGCUGGCAGACACAGCUGCCUCGGUCAUUUAAAUGGAAGUCUCCAAAACGUAAAUAACGUCGUCGUCUGUGCAAGUCUCCACAAGUCAGAACCGAACAAAGCUCCAGUCUUACGGUAGAACAGCCUGUGGAUUUUCCCCCCUCAGCGUCUUGUCAGAACAUUGUCGGUGACCCCCACUCCCUUCGCCUCCUACUUAGAAAAAGGCAAAAAUAACAUUUGAGUCAGUUAAAAGAUGCUGCUGCGUGGAAUACGUGUGUUCUGCCGGCUCUAUGACGUUAUGCACAACGCUCAGCCUUGGUUAUUAACCCUCCCUUUUGUGUCUGAGAUGGGCCUUCAGAAAAAGCGGUUUAGUUGUGACAUUUUGUUUUUCCUAGGUGGUUGUAAAUAUGGCCCCACUGGAAAGUUGCUAAUACACCUGACCAAAACGUGAACCUUUAAAAGGCUUUAAUUCAAAAGGUGACAAGGGAGAAAGAGAACUAGUCAUUAAAAUUUGAAUUGAAAUCAGAAUACUGUUACCGUAGGUCAAGAAAUCUAAAUAGGAAGUCAUUUCCCCGCAGCAUCGCCCACUUAAGGGACUCCGUUUUAGUCUUUACAUUUUUCGUAAGUGGAGACCACGUUGUGGGUACACUGCACGUAUUCAAGUAACGGUUAAUUGAAGACACCUCGUGAGGGUUGUAGAGCACACUUUUCUGGAUUUUAACACUCCUGGAUACAUAAUAUGCUCCUCAUCGUUUACAGAUAAUGCGACAACCUGAACAACAAUAAAACUUGCUCUAACUGUUGCUUUGGAAACUUUUAUCAAAGAAGCAAAACUGUGUGAAAGUGUUGAAAUCGCAUUUACGGUUUCUGUUUGCAAGGCCAUAACAGAUAUGUUCUCGUUUUGACUCGAGGUGAUCCUCAGCCAUCGUGCUUGACUAGGAACUUGGAAUUAGAAUUCCUCGACCACUAGGACACGGACCAAGCAGAUUCAUCCCAGAAAAGGAGAUUCUCCAAGUGGGAAGUGAAGACGCACAGAUGCAUGCUUUAUUUGCAGAUUCUUUUGCUGCUUUGGGUCGUUUGGAUAACAUUACAUUAGUGAUGGUUUUUCACCCACAAUAUCUAGAAAGUUUCCUAAAAACUCAACACUAUCUACUGCAAAUGGAUGGGCCAUUACCCCUAUAUUAUCGGCACUACAUUGGAAUAAUGGCUGCAGCAAGACAUCAGUGUUCCUACUUAGUGAACCUCCAUGUAAAUGAUUUCCUUCAUGUUGGUGGAAACCCCAAAUGGCUUAAUGGUUUAGAGAAUGCUCCUCAAAAACUACAAAAUUUAGGAGAACUUAACAAAGUGUUAGCCCAUAGACCUUGGCUUAUCACCAAAGAACAUAUUGAGGGACUUUUAAAAGCUGAAGAGCACAGCUGGUCCCUUGCAGAACUGGUACAUGCAGUGGUUCUCCUCACACACUAUCAUUCUCUUGCCUCAUUCACAUUUGGCUGUGGAAUCAGUCCAGAAAUUCAUUGUGACGGUGGCCACACAUUCAGACCUCCUUCCGUUAGUAACUACUGCAUCUGUGACAUUACAAAUGGCAAUCACAGUGUGGAUGAGAUGCAGGUCAACUCAGCAGGGAAUGUUCCGGUAAGUGAUUCCUUUUUUGAGGUUGAAGCCCUCAUGGAAAAGAUGAGGCAGUUACAGGAAUGUCGAGAUGAAGAAGAGGCAAGUCAAGAAGAGAUGGCUUCGCGUUUUGAAAUAGAAAAAAGAGAGAGCAUGUUUGUCUUCUCUUCAGAUGAUGAAGAAGUUACACCAGCAAGAGAUGUAUCUCGUCACUUUGAGGAUACCAGUUAUGGCUAUAAGGAUUUCUCUAGACACGGGAUGCAUGUUCCAACAUUUCGAGUCCAGGACUAUUGCUGGGAAGACCAUGGUUAUUCUUUGGUAAAUCGCCUUUAUCCAGAUGUGGGACAGUUGAUUGAUGAAAAAUUUCACAUUGCUUACAAUCUUACUUAUAAUACAAUGGCAAUGCACAAAGAUGUUGAUACCUCAAUGCUUAGACGGGCUAUUUGGAACUAUAUUCACUGCAUGUUUGGAAUAAGAUAUGAUGACUAUGACUAUGGUGAAAUUAACCAGUUACUGGAUCGUAGCUUUAAAGUUUAUAUCAAGACUGUUGUUUGCACUCCUGAAAAGGUUACCAAAAGAAUGUAUGAUAGCUUCUGGAGGCAGUUUAAGCACUCUGAGAAGGUUCAUGUUAAUCUGCUUCUUAUAGAAGCUAGGAUGCAAGCGGAACUCCUCUACGCUCUGAGAGCCAUUACCCGCUAUAUGACCUGAUGCCUUUCCUCCAUUAAAGAUAAUGGAAUGAUCCGCAGAUACAGUCUACAAGGGGAAGGUACUAAGCCCCAGGACCAAUGGUAGAUAAAAGAAUUCAGAAAUCCAUUGUGCCAUGAUUCCUUUAGUUUCUGCUCUAUUACUGUGGAAAUACCACUGCUGGCACGAGCAGUGAAUGCUUGGCAGCUUCAAGUGUAGAGCUGUGAAGAAGGGCUGCCAUUCACAGUAUUUUGCUUUUUGACAGUACAAGAUGCUGUAUAACUGUUUUAAUACAGCAAAUAGUAACUCUCCAAAUCCUGUUGCUUUUAUGUUAAAUAAGAUAACAAGAAUUGGAGCAUGCAAAGAAUGAGAGUUGGAUAAUGACAUAAGCUUUUUAUACAUAAAGAAUUUUAGAUCCUGGUGCUGCUAUUUCUGCUGGUGGAAUGAAUAGAGUGGCUGUUCCAGUUAAGCUAUUAGUAAUAAAAGUGAACACUGCUACUAUCUGAGCCUACAUACAUAAUUUGCGUGGUUUCGAAUUAAACUUGCAUAUGUGUUAAUUUUUUGCAUCUAAACAUAGAAUUAUUACAGCUCGGCAAAGACCAUUUCGAUGGCAACAGUUCAUUUCUUUCAUUAUAGUUUUUUUUUUAAUUUACCUAUUGGAUGACAUUAAAUUACAGUGGCAUUCUUAAAGAUUUUCUUCAAAAAAGCAAUCUUAAAUGAAAGUGUAUAAAUUAUAAGAAAAGCUAGCUAUCUUUUGAUAUGCUGUUUCCCUAGAUUCUAUGACACUGGAGGGCAGCUGUCUUGUGCAGUAUUUUGUUUCCAGCACUGAAGUUGUGGGAAAUGUUGCUGUAGACUGCUGCGCAGUCCCAGGUGCAUUCUGCCUGCCUCAUGGUCCCCACUUUAAAGAUUGUGCAGCUCUUUCAAACUAAAGCUGGAAAAUAUUUUUAGUCAGGUUAUCAAAUUUGAUUUACAAAAAUGCUAACUUUGUUUGAAAUGCAAACAGAUUUGGAAAAAAUGUAUUAAGUAUUUGUAUUCUGGAAGCGUGAAUUGCUUUUGAAGUCUGUCAGUAUUAUUGGUAUUUUUCAAUAAAUCCUUUUUCUCCAAUUUUA